AUGCUGCGUCGUCUGCACACACGAAUCAUUGGCAUGGGCUCUGUCUGCGGCCUUGCGCCGUCCCCGCCUGCGGAGCUGUUUCUCAAGACUCUUCCCUCGCCAUGUGACGCAGACCCUGUGAAGUACCGUCGCUUUCAGCGAGAAGAGGUAGAAAAGCACGCCGCGCAGCGGCACCUCACGACUGUUGCCGCCUCCCCGGUGAAAGCCCCAGAGCCGUUUUACGACGUGAUCGAUGCGGCGGCAGGACACAAGCACGUGGUCAUGCUCACGCGCGAGGGUAACCUCAUCACCGUCGGCAACAAUCGGUACGGACAAACCGGAGCGCUGAACGCGGAAGGCCAGGACGGCGAAGGUGACGCGGCGGCUUCCCCGCCCCUCUCCCGUGGCGGCACUGGUCACAACACCCGAAGCAGCAGCGUUGUGCGUACCUCAGCCGUCGUGGCCGAUCUUGACCCGCUCUACAUCGACCUUGACGGGACAUUCCCGCGGACCGAUUCCCCCAUCGUCCGCGUCGCGUGCGGCUCGAACUUCACCCUGGUCUACCAGCACGGCAGUCGCCGUGUCAUCGCGUUUGGCAACAACCACAUGGGGCAGCUCGGGGUGGGGCACAAGAAGCGCAUAGACAGUGGGCGCGGGUUCGCGGAGUGGAAUCCGACAGCGUUGUGGUGGCCAGCGGGGCAGGCGAGUGUGCUAGAGACCGUGCGCUGCGGUUUCAAUCACGCAGUGGCCACGCUGAGUGAUGGCGGACUCUACUCCUUCGGCUGCAACAACUGGGGGGAGCUCGGCACCGGCAACAGCGACGCGCCAAUGUGGCCAACACGGAUCGUGUUCUUCGAGGAGCGCGGCAUGCGCGUCGCCAAGGUGGCGCUCGGCAACUCCUUCACCCUCUUUCUCACGAUGGAGGGACGCGUGUUUGGGUGCGGCGCGACAAACGGCGGCCAGCUGCCGCCGAACGCGUUCGACCCGGUGCCCAUCCCCCUCACACGCUCUUUCCAGCAGCACCGAAGCGACGAGGCGCCGCACGCGGUGGGCGGCGCGCCAAAGCUGAUUCGCGUGAAGGACAUCGCCUGCGUCGGCAGCCUCGCCGUUUUUGUUAGUGUGAAGAACGAGCUCCUGAUCCAAGGGUCGCUGCCGGAGUACGGUGUCCUGAUCCCGUCGCCGCGCUUCGCGGCAGUGGACCAGGCACCGGUGCUCAAGUACUUCGCCGCGCGCAUGGGCGCACAAACGUCGGAGGCAGACGACUACGAUAUUGUAGAGCUGGUGGGUGGUCCGUCCACGCUACUGGUGCGCUACCGCAACGGCUGCGUUGCUGCCCUCGGGGCCAACACGGAGGGUCAGCUGCACAAUGUCACCAAGGUACUGAAUGGCAAGCGCGUCAACCUCGCGCCUGCCUUCAAUGCAACGGAGCUGUUUCCGAUGUUUGUGCCGGCGACGCCGCUCUGGAGCACAGCGUGGUUUGCUUCCGGCAAGGGGUUCAACCUGCUUUUUGACGGAAACGAGGCCUACAGCGUGCCCGAGACCACCGCGCCGAUCGAGCUGCCGCCGGGGAGCGGCCGUACGCGUCGCACGACCACCGGCCGCCUGACGCGCCCCUCGGUGCCGCGCGAGUGA